AUGGUGGCCCGCGGGGCACCUACGAAGAGGGGGCCCGGCCCCCGGGGCCGCGGUGCUCAGCGCCGCACGCUGGCUCCGGAGCGCAUCGGGGGCUGGGCCGAGCCCGGGCCGCGUUGCCUCCCGCGCUGCGCUGUGCUCCGCGUUCGCCUAUUGAUCGGCUCCGCGGCGGCGGCGGCGGCGGCGGCGGCGGCGAGGAGUCAGGUCAGGACAACUGAGAGAGGUGCCCGACGUGUACCCAGGGCCAGAGAUCCACCAGGUUCGGGGUCUGAGCUGCGCAAUCCACGCACUCUCGGAGCCACCAGCCCCCAUCUCUUCCCUCUCUUGGUUUCAGCUCCCCAAAGAGCCUGCCUGCGUCCCCAUCUCGGGGAGACACUGCAGCCCUGGGUCUCCCAGCCGGGCCAGUGUUUCCUCCCAAGGCCCAGAGUCCCCCCAGAGGCGGUGCGGGCUGGCCAUCCUUCAGCUUCCUGCAGACGCUGUGGCGUGCGCUCCCACUGCUCACCCCCCACCCCCCGCGCUGGGGUUACAGCAGCCACACGGACUUGCAGAUGCGUGGCCUGGCGUAGCACCGGGAGGAAUUCACAUUUGACUGUGAAUCUGGCCUCGGAGCAUCCCAGGAGGCGCGGGCCGGGCGCCGCCACGUCUGCCGUGCAACUCUGGCUGAGCCCUAGAGGCCGCGGGUCGGAAAGACUUCAGCAGCGGCGGUGUGGACCCCAGGCCGGAUUUGUGCACCGCGGAGCGGCCCGGCCUCCCCAGGAUGGGCGCGAGGUUCUCCAGCCGGCCCCCUGCGCUCCUGAUCCUCCCGGACCAGGCCCUUUGCCACCGGCCUGCGAGUGGCCAGAUCUGCGCGGCGGCUCCUGGAAUCCCAGCAUGGAUGGAAAACCGUGGCCCUGAGCGACAGUAGUUUUAUUUCUUUUUUCCUCUUCAGGAUCAUCCCUUUUCCACCUGCGCAAAGCAUUUCCGCUGACCUCCUUGUUUUUUUCCGGCCUGUCUAUUCCUCGCAUUUUCUGUGUGUUUGAUUUCCGGGAUUGUUUUUCCUCUUUUUUUGACUCCCUAUGUGUUCUUUUUGGUUCCUUUUUUUUCCUGGGUAUUUCUUUUUGUUAUUUCAUUUUUUUUCAACCCCCGUUUUCCAUCUUUCCUCCCUCUCCCUUUCUCGGUUUCCUCUUCUUCUUCUUCUUUUUUUUUCCCUCCCUCUCUUUCGUCCCGAUCCGUCCUAUUUGAAUCUUGGUCUGUCCCAGGCUCUCAUCUCCUGGUUUAUUCUCGCUUCCUUUCCUCUACAGAGUCUGUCCCCUCCCCCGCCCGUGGAUCUGCUUCCCCGGCAUCCCCUUCUCAUCCAUCUUGGGAGAUGAAUAUGUCGCCUUAUUGGAUGCCGAGGCCAGAGCAGGGCGAUGGGGCUCGGCCAACGUCGCACAUUUUCUUCAUGCAUAUUGAGAAUAUGGUAAUGAGCGCGUUUGCAUUGUUGCAUGGAAAUGAUGCGUUUCCUUCUGCUGUGCGGAGAGUGGGCAAGGUUGGUGUGGACCCAAGAGAGCCCGAUAGUGGGCACCGGGCCUUGUGGCCCUAGUUAUCCACUGGGGGACGAAGAAGUGACCUCUCGGAGCGCCUGCCCGCCCUCCGCCUGCUCUGGCUUCCACAAAGGCGCCGCUGCCCAGGUUAAAGCCUGGUAAAGGGAAAGCAGUCUCUCCCGCCCCACGACUGUCUGGCGCGCCCCAGGUCCAGCGGCCUCGGAACCUUUCCUGGCGAUCAGAGUCCUGUGAAGGAGAGCCUGGCUGUGUUCUCUAACGGCUACACGUUGCUUGCGACUCGAGUGACCUUUUAGAAUGAAACAUAGCUGACCGUGUGCCCUGCGCCACACGCGUCUCCUUCAUUCUGGGGGCGCGUGGGCAUCGUUUGACCCUGUCAGGUCGACCCAGGUGGCUGUCAGAGACCCACUUCUUUCCUAGACAUGGGCUCAGCGGCGACCAGGCUGACUCCCAGUAAUCCAACAGAGGCAGCCAAGCUCGGGUGAAGGGGGCCAGGGCCCUCAGAAGGGUGAAGGUCUGCAGAGACAGGUCAGCCUCUACUUGGGGCUGGAAGGGAAGAGAUUUAUGCUCGCUGGGAGCUCACGGCCCCAGAGCCCACAUCUAGCAGUCAAACCCCACAGCCCACCGCAGGACAUUUUCCUGCCUCCUCGUCCCCUACUUCCUACUAGGGAAGUCCCUAGCGGGGGCUCCGCAGCCGAAAUGCAUUGUGGAAAGGCAGCCAUUGUGUAGGGUCAGGUUUCUCAACCUUCAAGCAUCCUGCCAGCACUUCUACUGUGAGGGACUGAAGAUUUUUCCUUAAAUUGAGUCCUUUACAAAACUCAAAUGCAUCGUUUUGGAAACGUAUUUGGUCCAUCCACCACUUCUGCAGACUGGAAAGUAGCUGUUGGCAGAAAAGAAACACAGCUAACAGCAAAGCAUGCUCCGGAGCCUUGCCCUUUCCUGCCUGGGGUUCAAGUACACCCUGUGGUAUUAGCAAACGCUGGGAGUGUGAGUAGUGACUCUAAGAAAUGAGAGCAUGAAAAGGGAAUGCUUCUUUCUCGGUCUCCUAUGAGCUACAAUGACAUCAAGGGUCUCUAGGGCUGUCCUGUCGUAGGGUUUGCUGGUGCUGUUAAAACAGAUUCGAACACGUUAAGGCAACGCUUACCGUGCUGAGUUAUUAUUACCAAAUCAUCUCAUUGAACGUUUCCAGGCAACACUGCCUUUAAUUCUCACCAUCCUUCAGUGGGCAGACUGUUGAGAGGCCACACGUGAUUGUGUAGGAUGUUUACUGAGAAGCAGACUUCCAAGAGGGUAAGAGGGGUGCUGAAGUCACCCCUCUGUGUUCACCAAGUUGUGUGUCCUGGUUUAGGCGAAACAGGGAAACUAUUCCUCUAAUCUGCACAAAAAGUUGGGAGGGUGAAUCAGUCCUUGAAAAAUUGGAAAACAGCGUUUGGGAACUUGGAAAAGCAUAAACUGAUGUUUUUAACUGUU